AUGCCGCUCGGGAUUCUCAACCCAAAGGGCGUUGAGCAUGUGCCCGGAACCACGAGAUACUUUGACAGCCCCGACCGUCCUCAGAUCGACGUCGAUGGGCAUUCAGGGCUGAAAGUCGACCGGAGCGGAAAGCAGCCUAUCAUUCUCAUUCCGCAACCAUCCGAUGACCCGAACGAUCCCCUCAACUGGCCUCUAUGGAAACGCGAUCUGAUCACCUUUACCCUCUCUUUCGCUGCCAUUCUCGCGACCGCGUUGGGCCCUAUCCUCGCUGCCAACACACUCACCAUCUCCGGCCUUUUCGGCAUAACACUCACCAAAGCCGCCUUAUUGACCGGCUACUUUCUGCUCGGUGCAGGUGCCGCCGCCACCUUCUUCGUUCCAUCUGGCCGUAUUUGGGGGAAGCGCCACCUUUUUAUCAUUGGAAUAUUCCUGAUCAUCGCAUCGAGCGCGUGGGCCGGUGCCACGGGCAAGAAUUAUGGAAGUCUGGCUGCUGCUCGGGCUGUUCAGGGGAUCGGCGCUGCCCCCUUCGAGAGCUUGCUCAAUGCAGCCGUUGGUGAUCUCUAUUUCGUGCACCAGCGUGGUUCGCGUAUGGCCUUUACCAACCUGGCAGUCUUUGGCGGGGCCUUCUUCACUCCCAUAUUGGUGGGGAAGAUCACCCGCUCGAUGGGCUGGUGGUGGACCUUCUACUUUGUGUCCAUCUUCAUGGCCGCCACGCUUCCCGCCGUGUUCCUUUUGUGUCCGGAGACGACAUAUAGGCGCGAGCAGAAACUGAAUACAGACACCACGGGCGAGGACCAAGCGCUUGCCGACGAAUCUAAAAACGGUCAGAGUAGUGUGGAGCAGAUGCUCGAAGUACCUGAGGAUCGCCAAGGGGGGUUCGUCAUAUUUCCCAGGUCCAGUGCCUUGCAGCCCAUUGGAAACUCUGCCACUCCCAAGAAGUCAUUUGUUGAGUCGCUCUCCCUCUUCGACGGUAGAAAGACGAAUGAGAGGUACUGGGUGCUCCUCUUGCGGCCCUUCCCCCUCCUUGCAAACCCAGCCUUUAUCUGGGGAUGCUUAAUUCAAGGAACCAUGAUCGGGUGGACUGUGAUGAUCGGCGUCAUCCUUGCUGCCAUCUUCAUCGGCCCGCCGUAUCUCUGGAGGGAGGUUGAGGCUGGAUAUGCCUACACCGGGCCGUUCAUUGGCGCGCUGAUCGGCUACCUCAUCUCGGGGCUGCUUGCUGACCCGUUGGCCAAGUGGCUCACCAGGAGGAACAAUGGAAUAUAUGAGCCCGAGUUCCGCAUCUUGCUUGUCAUCCCCAUGCUCAUCAUUGGCUGCACCGGGCUCUUCGGGUUCGGCCUCACCGCUGGCCGGGUCAUCACUAAACAGUACACCUUCUGGGUGCCGCUGACCUUCUUUGCUCUCGAGGUGGCCGGUAUGGUCAUUGGAGCUGUUUCGAGUUCGCUUUACAUUGUAGAUGCCUACCGUGACCUUACAAUUGAGGGUUUCACCAUUAUGAUUAUCUUCAAGAACAUUUUCAGUUUUGGCCUCACUUUCAGUGCAUAUGACUGGGUGAUUGCCAAUAACGGAAUCAGAAAGGUCAUGGUCGCCGCAGCAAUAGUUCAGGUGAUCGUGUGCCUUCUGAGCAUCCCCAUGUAUAUCUAUGGAAAGAGGGUGCGAGCCUUCUAUCAUCGCAAUGACUUGCUAGCCAUGACUGGCCUUCGGUAG